GUUUCAGUGAAGACAUGCUUUUUUGUAUUUGUACCUUUUUUGGUAAGGAAGCUCAAAUGAUCAGUAAACAGGCGAUGGUUUCCAGUUCUCCUCAGAGUUGCUGGGGGGAUGAUUCACAUAAACUUGGAGAGAGUAUCACAUUGCAGUGUUAGAACACACCGGAUAUGUUUACAUUGUAGUUGUGAGAGCAAGUACAUUUUAAGCUAAUUUAUUGAUUGUCCAAGCUCUUUGCAGAUGCGGUGAGAUUACCAGUGCUUGAGAGAGGUGUUUUCGAUAUAGUACAGUAUUUAUGCUGCAGAAUACAAUGAUGGAUGGUUCGGAGGCAGAGCAAGCAUUAACAAGUGGAGGACGGGAGUUAGCAGGAAACCCUGAUACGGAUGCCAGGAUUUGUGAGUGGCAGAACAAUGCCCCACACCUGCCCAGUGCAGGCUGCUUCCUGCCGUGUCGCGUGUGAGCCGCUGUGAAAGCUCAUGGAACGUGUCUGCGCAGCCCCAUCCUUUGCCAGCCAUGGUGAGCUGAAGAGCUGGGCCUGAAAGCUCCUUGGUGAGCUUGCUUCUGAUCUUGAGAGCUUAGAUGACUAAGGCGUGAUGCCCACAGGAGGAGGAGGGGCUGCUGCUGCACUGUCUGCAGAGUAGAGAACGUUUCUAGAUCAUCUGUAUGCUGAGACAGCUGCUAGUGACCUAGAACUACACAUCCUGCAACCCUGGCUUACCAAAAAUAAGGUAGAGUCACCACCUGAAGUUACAUUUGUAGGAAGCUGAAGGACUUCUUUGUCAUCUGGUAAAGGAAAUAAAAUUGUUGGGAAUCACACGUCUGGUUAGUGACAGAGCCAGGAACAGAACAUGGGUUUUGUGAUCACCACUCCGGCAGAUUUCUCCCCGUAGCGAGGGAGGGCAGGUUCUGCCUGUACAUCUGCACUCCUCUGACAAGAUGGUGUUUCGGAAACCACCAGAUGGUGGCUGGGGCUGGGUCAUCGUUGCCGUGUCCUUCAUCACCCAGUUCUUGUGUUACGGAUCACCGCUGGCCGUCGGGGUCUUGUAUGUGGAAUGGCUGGAUGCUUUUGGAGAAGGGAAAGGCAAGACUGCCUGGGUCGGAUCACUAGCAAAUGGAAUCGGAUUGCUUGCCAGUCCUGUCUGCAGUAUAUGUGUAUCAUCUUUUGGAGCAAGACCAGUAGCAAUCUUCAGUGGCUUUAUGGUGGCCGGGGGCCUCAUGAUGAGCAGUUUUGCACCUAACAUAUACUUUCUCUAUAUUUCAUAUGGGAUUGUUGUUGGACUUGGAUGCGGCCUUUUGUAUACUGCAACAGUUACCAUCACUUGCCAGUACUUUGACAAACGCAGAGGCCUUGCACUUGGUCUGAUUUCAACAGGCUCAAGCGUUGGACUCUUUAUAUAUGCAGCAUUGCAAAGAGGGCUUAUUGAUCUAUAUGGACUGGAUGGCUGUCUGCUAAUAGUUGGCGCUCUGUCUCUAAAUAUAUUGGCAUGUGGCAGUCUGAUGAGACCAUUGGAGUCAUCUGAUUCCCCUCCACCAGAAAAAAUGUGUGUAGACAAAGUCCCAGAUCAAUAUUUUGUUUACCACGAAAAAGAGAAGACCGUUGAAGAAAAUAUAAGCAUCCUUGAAAAGGGCUACGUUGAUGAAAAAAGUGCAAACAAUAUACCUGAGUACAAACAGGAUAGCAUUUUAAAUAAGAAUGUAUUAAGCUCAAUAAAUGUAAAUGAAAAAGACACUUAUAAAAAGAAAGUUGUAGAACAGACAAACUUCUGCAAACAACUUGCCAAAAGGAAGUGGCAGCUCUACUUGAACUACUGGGAGGAAACCGUGGUUCUUUUUAAGAACAAAGUAUUUUCAGCUCUCUUUGUUGCCAUCUUGCUCUUUGAUAUUGGUGGAUUUCCUCCUUCUCUGCUCAUGGAAGAUGUGGCAAGAAGUGCAAACGUUAAUGAAGAUGACUAUCGUAUGCCCCUGAUUUCCAUUAUAGGCAUUAUGACUGCUGUUGGCAAACUUACUUUAGGAAUAAUGGCAGAUUUUAAGUGGGUUAACACUUUAUAUCUAUACGUAACUACCUUACUAAUGACAGGAGUGGCCUUGUUUGCAAUUCCAUUUGCCAAAAGUUACCUUACAUUAGCGAUGCUUUCUGGGAUUUUGGGUUUUCUGACUGGGAACUGGUCAAUUUUUCCGUAUGUAACAACAAAGACUGUGGGAAUUGAGAAACUGACUCACGCGUAUGGGAUCCUGAUGUUCUUUGCUGGACUUGGAAAUAGCCUUGGACCACCAAUUGUAGGUUGGUUUUACGACUGUACGCAGGAGUACGACACCGCGUUCUAUUUCAGCGGCUUUUGUGUCUUACUGGGUGGGUUUCUUCUGCUGUUGGCAGCGUUGCCCUGCUGGAAUGCCUGUACCAACCAGAGCUCAAAGCUGCCUCCAAAUACUUACUCCUACAAAGUUGCAUCUAGCGCUUAGGUGACAACUGGAAACCCCUUUGUGCUUUUUUAUAUUAUACAGCAAAGUGUUUUAGUAAUUUUCCACUUAUUUAUGAAGCCCAGAAAUCUUCUUCCACCAGAAAAAUUCCAUUGUUUCUUGUUUUUCCGUUCCUUUUUCUUUCUUUCUUUUUUAUUUUAUUUUUAAGUACAGUCUUAUUUUGUCUACUAUGCACUGUGUUUUCAGCCUUUGUCUACUGUAAUUUCCUUUCCCCCUGUAAGGGGUAUAUUCUGCUGUAUUAUCAGCUGUACUUUUUUUUUUUUUUAAAAGGGGGAUGGUGCAGAGGGGUGAAAACUUUGAAGCAAAAAUGAAAGCCUGUUCCUUACAGGAGAAGCCUGGCAUUUCUGUCAGCUUUUAUAGGUCUCCAAGUUGCACAAUCAGACUUUACAAAACAAAAAUUUGCCUUAUUAGAAUGUAAUACUGUGGCAAGGUGCUUAUAACAUCAUGCUUAGAUUAACUUUUUGUCUUUUUAAAGUUUCUCCAUUUUACAAUGAAGUGCCAAUUGGGGGAGGGAGAAGACGGGGAACAAAACCAACCUUGUGUUGCAUAACUGAAGUGAACUUUAUGAUGAAAGUAAAGAUUCUUACUACCACUACAACUAAGAACUAUGUUUAUAAAAAUUGCACAUUUUGUGAAGUCUGUUUUUAAAACUGUUGAACCAAAACCUUUUAAACCAAGGAAUAAAUAUGAUUGUUGAAACCA